CCUAGCAGCGAGCAGCAGCAGCCGACGCGAACAUGAGGCCCCCGCAGUUCGGAGCAGACAUCACCAACCAGGCGGCAGUGAUGCACUGCACCCGCAUGGCCGGCAGGGCAAUCAUCCGCGUCGUGGGCAGAUGCACCGAGGCGCAGGAGAACAACAAUCUGGACCUCUCGGAGUGCCAGCUGAUGCAGGUGCCCGAUGCUGUGUACCACCUCAUGAGGCACACGGCGCUCAAGGGCUGCAACCUGUCUAGCAACGUCAUUACCAAGCUGCCGCCCAAAUUCGCCGUCAAAUUCUCGUUGAUCACAGAUCUAAACUUGGCAAGGAAUCAGAUGAGCAGGCUUCCAGAUGAGUUGGCAGACCUAAAUGAGCUGAUUCAUUUGGAUAUUUCCCAUAACUCAUUCACAACGCUACCCCAUGCUGUGUACAAAAUGCCAAAGCUGGUGAAAUUGAGUGCACACAACAACUACAUUAUUGAUGUAGAGGUAGAAAGGCUACAGGAGGCACCCAGUUUGCAGGAGGUAGACCUGCAGAAUAACCCACUCAGUGCAAGAACGCAUACAGCACUGGAGGCGGUCACCUCUCCUCACAUACUAGUGAGUGUAAGGGAAGUGGAGGACUGGGAAGACCUCACUGUGUAAUAAUUCAAGAGUUGUUUUUAGAUUCAAUCUCAGUAUGACUCAUUUUAAUUGAAUAUGUGAUUGUUACCAGAGUGCUUUCCAUUUGUAUUGUACAGAUUAUUUUUACUCAAUGUAUCCUCUAUUCACAUUCUGCCAGCAGUAUUAAGGAGUGAAAGAAAGAGGGCAACAUUAUGUAAUUUGAUCUGUACACCUGUGGUAUUAUUUUAAUACAAGGUUUAGCCUGUUGAUGUGUGAAUAUCUUUACACAUAUUCUUCAGUGUUUCUGAGAAACACUUCAAUCACAUGUUAAAUGUUGUAUAUUUAUUACUGACUGUACGUUUCUGUGUAACAUUGUGAAGUAGUAACUAAUUUUUUAUAAUUAGUAGAAAACACAUGAAAAAUAAACAUGCUGUACUUUAUUAGAAGAUAAUACCAAAUACAGAUCACAUUGAGACUAGUGUCGAUAUGAGAGUAAAAUUGUCAUUUAAUCUGAAUUUGUUAAUCUGAGAUCCAACAGCACAGUUCAUUUUUUGAACAAUUUUUAAUUCAUUGUUGACAGUAGUGUAACUGCUGACUAGUUAUUAGGCAACAGGUCCACUACUGAAGAAUUUAAAUCAAAAUUUAAAGUAGUAUUGUCUUUUCAGCCUAGGAAUUUGGCUGUGAAAAUGACACUGUUACUAUAGAAAAAAGAUAUUCAGAGGAGCCCGAGCACUAUUAAAUGCAGUGCAUGAAAUGUACAACUACAAUUUUUUACAUUUUUUUAACUCAGCAUUUGAGUGAUCAUUCAUAGUUCAGGUAUUUUGUUUAAUGUGUCACGUGUGCCUUUCUAAGUCACCUGUCUUGGAGAAGCAAUUAUGUUCAUCAAAUGGCCAGGAAUACUUAAGUACCUCAUAUCAAACAGAUGGAUCCUUAAUUAAUAUAGACAGUAAUUAUAUUAUACAGGGUCAAAUAUGUCUCUACUGUGAAGUGCCCUAUAAUGACUUCGUAUUUAUAAACUUUGUACACUCAGUAUAUCUCCAUGUAUUGUGACGAUGAACUAUGUACAAAGUAUUUACAUAUUAACUGAGUACAUUUCUUUGCAUACUCAGAUGUAGCAACACACUGCUGGAACUUUUAUCUUUACUGCAAGAAGCCCAUUGCGUGAAACUUUUCACUUUUGUUUUCAAGGUGAAAUUAUAUAGCUAAUGACAAAUCUCAAAACACAAUUUUUCCACAGUUUGUAUUGACAGCAGUAAAAUUUACCUCACGAGCUGCCAAUGGUCUCCAUUAUAUUGAGUAGUAUUGAAUUAAUUUGUAUCCAUAAAUUCUGAAUUAAAUUUUCUCUGCCUGAUAAAAAUAAAAUAAAAAAUAAAUACACGAAAAAUACAGGCAGCUGAACUCCCAUUUUUUUAUCUGCUCAUCAGCACUCAGUAUCCAAAGGGAAUUAAAUAGCAGCUCAAUUACAUAGUUCCUAGAUGUGGAACUUUCUAAUAAUAAUGAAAGAAAGUUACCCACAUAAAGCAGGUGCUUUCACUAAUAAAGUAUCCCUUUAAAUUGUUUGCACAUGUAUAUUAAUUCAGUGUGCAGUUUGAAGAUAUGCUCACUUUAUUUGUCUACAGUCUGAGCAAGUGACGAUUUAUGAAAUAAACAGAAUAAACACAUUUUUAAUCAUUGUCUAUGAUAUUUUCAAUACUGUUAAUUGAGAGGCUUUUGAGGCAUGACUGAAAAAAAAUUACAAUUUUUAAGAUAAAUUAUGUAAACAACAAAUCAGAAAUAUAUUUCAGUGUCACUCUCAAACAUAAACUAAUUCAGAAGUCUGCAACAAUACUGUACACAAGCAGUAUGUGCUUAAAAAGCAGACUUUUGUUGUAGUCAAUGCCUGUAUGUUAUUUAAAUCAAACAAUUGUAUAUUUACCAAGUAGAAUCACCAGCCACAAACACUGUACUCUAAUGAGUAUGAUCUCAUGAAUGUACCUGUAAAACUAUUCAGCUUGGAUUUUAAACUAUGUAUUUUACAACAGCAUGAGAGAACCUGAUAAAAAUGUGUCAGUCAGUGACAAGAUUAGUUUGAAGGUUAAAAACAUUUAUUUGAUGUAAGUAGAAAUAAUUUUAACUGUGUUGUAGAUUUGUGAUGAGUCAUUUUAACAGUAUUUUAUUUUUUUAUG